UUCAAAAAUUUCAACAAUGAUACCGAUACCGAGCAAUAAAAAUUAAUAAAGCAAAAGGUUGAAAAAAACUGGAGCGAGCUUAAAAAUCUUCAAUCCGAAAUCGAAGAUAAGUCGUCGGAACAACAUGACGAAGAAAAAUAUAGAGACAACUUUGAAAAUAAUUAUUUCAAAGCACUUGCUGAAUGUAGUAGAAUGAUGGAAAAAUAUAGCAAGAUAAAUAAGCGAGUAAGUGCAACUUGUUACAUUCAUCCAAUUAUCCAAUUUACCAGUACCAAGCAAUAAUGCGGUUUCGUUCUUGAGAUUAGGAAAUUAUGAAGUACCUGAUUUCAGUAGUGAAUACAAAAAUUGGUCCACAUUCAGCGAUUUAAUUUUAGCCUUUAUCGACUCACAGCCAGGAUUCCCCGACAUACAAAAAUUCUUUCAUUUAAAAAAGGCCUAAAAAGGAAAUACUGCGAAAGCAAUCCAGUCAUUUUUUAUGGCUGAAAAAAAUUACAAAUUAGCGUUGAAAUGUAUUAACGACCGUUUCAACAAUGAAAAAAACAUAAUUCAAACUCAUACAAGUCAUACAAAAGUCAUUUACGAUAUAGAAGCAAUUAAAAGAAAGUCAGCUUCUGAAUUACGUCGUUUAUUUGAUACAUUAGCGGGAGAAAUGACUACGCUAAAACAACUCGGAUCCAACUGUUGAAGAGUUAAUGCUAUAUUUAGAUUACUAAUUAAAAAUACUAAUUUUCAAAUUUUAGAAGCGGAAGAAGGUUUUUAGAGGCUUUCAAUUAAAGGUGAUAGCGACAAAAAGGAAAUGUCAUUUGUAAAAGGCAAAAGGCGUAGGGAAUUGGAGUGGCAAAAGAAUUAUAACACAUGCAAGAAAUCCAUGAUGAAAAACAAAACAGUUGUCAACAAAACAAUUAUUUUAUGCCACCCCAUGCCGUUGUUCGCGAUGACAGUCACUACGAAAACUCGGAUUAUAUUCAACGCAUCUAGUCAUUCUUGUACCGGGGUCAGCCUUAAUGUCACGUUAAUGGUAGGCCCAGUAAUUCAAGAAGAUCAAGUGUGUAUUCUGGUCCGGUUGAGAACGCACAGAGACGCAUUAUGUGCCGACAUUCAGAAAAUGUAUCGUCAAGUGUAUGUGUUGAAAAGAAUUGGCGGCCACAGGUAAUCAGCGUCUGAUAACAAAACGUUAUAUUUUAUCGACGAUUGGUACAAUUUAUGAUCCAACGGGAUUGAUAUCUCCCAUAGUGGUGAUAGCGAAAAUCAAAAUAAAAUUAUUGUGGAAAAUGUUAAUGCAAUGGGACGAGCUGGUAUCCAAUCAUAUAAGUACGGAGUGGAGUGCGUUUUGUAAUAGUUUGGCGCAAAUAAUUUGUUUAAAAAUACCGCGUCGAAUAAUCAGAUGUGAUGCGUUCAAAUUUAUUCAAAUCUACGGCUUUUCUGACGCCAGCAAAAAGGCUUUAUUGCGUGCGUUUAUACACGUACUACCGAUGCACAUAAAAAUCAUGCGGUCAGACUUGUAGCAUCUAAAUCGUGUGUGACUCUUUUAAAAAUGAUUACGCUUACGCGACUGGAGCUUUAUGCUGCCGUGAUAUUAAGUAGACUUAUUAAAAAAAUCGUCCCGUGUCAUUAUUAGUGAUUGCAAUAAACUCAAAAAUACUGGCCGUUGAACAGGCAAAACAUUGCCAGAUUCACGGUAAACCAAUGCAUCACUUGUUUUCGAUCAAAGCGGUACGUAUACCAGCCUAUUAUGGGUAAUUUGCCAAGCUCACGCGUUGAUGCAUUCGAACGUGCAUUUUUUGCGACUGGAGUAGAUUAUGCUGGGCCAAUUAUGAUAAAAAGGGAAUUUAGAAAAAACUCACCUAUGGUAAAGAUGUAAAGAUGUAAAUUUGGUUAUUUGUUUGUUUAUCUUCGAAAUAGUUCAUUUAGAGUUCGUCGGUGAUCUAACGAAGGAUUCAUUUCUAAGUGUACUAAGAAGAUUCUGGGCACAUAGAGGACUGAGUAAAUACAUACAUUCAGAUAAUACUACAAAUAUGUUUAGUGCUGAUAGAAAAUUAAAGGAAUUAAUAGAACUGUUUAAGUCCAAGGAACACGUAAAAGCCGUGAACCGCUGUUCUGCAUAUCUUGGCGUCAAAUGGUGUUUUAUUCUACCACGCAGUCCAUAUUUCGGCAGCCUAUGAGAGGGUUCCGUGAAAUCCGUUAAAAACUUUUAACAAUAUCGUUUGGGGAAGCUUCAUUAAGUUACGAAGAAUUAUAUGUUGCUAGAAAAGGAAGAGCUAAGUUCCUCGAAUUUUAUUAAUUAAAGAAAUCGCAAUGUCUCACAAAAGAGAGUUCAAACACCACGUACUAUGACGUAAAUGAAGUAACAUAUUUAACAAGUGUUAAGAUGGAUAAUAGAAUAAAAAUGAACUAUUAUGUAACCAAAUUAAAUUUUCAAUUUAAAUUCAAUCCAGUUGAUGAAGAAUGGAAAAAAAACAAAUGUGAAAAUUUGGGAUUUACGUUUACAAAUCAUAAGCCAUUUGUGUCAGCUUUUAUUCAAACGUAUAAAUGUCAAGAUUUCUACAAACUAUUAUCUGACCUAAUAUGUGGGGAUAGAAAAUUUAGUAUGAAACUUCGAAAAAAAAUUUGUAAUAGCAUAAAAACAAAUGAUGAUAUUAAAAAACUUUUUCGUGAUGAAGUAUCAUUUAAUGAUUAUUUUAAUCAUUAUAUAACAUUUAUAAAUCCAGUCUCACUAAAUUAUAAAGCAUUUUUAGAUGCUGCUGAAGAAUGUCCAAUUUGUUUCGAAAAACCUGAUGUACUUGUUAUAUUGAAUGAGUGUCAUCACUGUUUAUGUAAAAAAUGUGCUGAUACACUACUAAUUAGAAAUGAAAAUAAAUGUCCACUUUGUAGAAAAUAUUUUAGCAAUUACGCAGACAAAGUUGAAGUUUCACCCUGUAAUAAAUAUGGAGAUAAUAAAUGUCCACUUUGUUGUGAAAAAUCUGAUUUACCUGUUAUUUUGAAUAUGUGCCACCAUUCUUUGUGUUAUGGAUGUGCUGAAUCAUUACAAAACAAAAAUAAAAUAGAUUGUCCACUUUGUGGACAAUACAUUUUCUAUUACACAGACAGAGUCGAAGGUAAUGUAAUUAGUUCGUGUAGUCUGGUGGAAUAUUUUGCCGCAGCAUAUUAUCUGGAUAUAUGCAUUUUUUUAUAUAUUAAAGAAAAUGAAUGGAUGUUUUUUGACAAGAAUGGGCUCAAUUACUCUGAAGAAGAUAUGGACGGCAAAAAGUGUAUUUAUCUCUUUCUAAAUAAGUAUAAUAAAACUAUUGGAGUUGUCGUUGAAACAGAAGAACUAUCUAAUUUUAGAGAUAAUUUAUAUUAAAAAUGGUUUAAAGAAGAUAAAUGUUAUACAUAAUAAUAUUGAAAAAAAAAUUAUAGCUUAUUAAGUAGCAUUUAUUAUUUUAGAAUAAUAACUUUCAACUAGCCUCUCACUAUAAUCUCUUAAUAAAAAUACAGUUAUUUGAAAA